CCAGCUAUUAUUAUAUUAUAUCUAGGUUCAUAUAUCAACAAAUAAUUGGUGUCUAUUAAAACCCACGGUGAUACAUAAGAACCCCCAGGCAGCAUUUUAAGAUAUAGCUCAGGUAUCCGGGAUCGCAAUGAGCGCCGCGCCAAGCAAACCCGCGGACCGCCACCCGGCGAGCGAGUCUGAGGACUCGGACUCCCGGGACGAGGAGGAUUGGAGCGAUGCCGAGGAAGAUGAUGAGGAAGAGACCCUUGAAGUCAUCUCGCUGCUUGAUGAUCGGGUAUUCCCUGAUGUCAUGUCCAUGCUGGCGCAUUGCAGAGAGAAGCACGGGUUUGAUUUCUUGGGCGUUCGACAGCGGCUGCAGCUUGAUUUCCACGGCUGCGUUAAGCUUGUUAAUUUCAUUCGCCAACGUGUACACGAGGGCUUGUCCGUAACGGAGGACAUCUCGUCGUCCGACAUCGACCAUGAGCAGUACCUAAAGCCGGUAUUGGACGACGACGCCGUCAUCCUAGGGCUAUUCGACCUGCCGGAGCUCAAGCCAGCAGUGCAGAGUAGCAAUGGCGACAGCGGUGACAACGCCGCAUUAGUUGACGGCCUCCUGAAGCGCAACAGUGAGCUCCAGGAGGAGCUAGCCCGCGUCAAGACCCAGUUCGACAACUAUCGCGUCGCUGUACAGCAGACGCUCGACGAGCGCUGGGGAGAUGUCGACCAGGCCGAAGCUGAAUCUGCUACUGCCAAGGCGGGUAAGGGGAAGGAGGUUGGUGAGAAGAAGGACGACUCUCAGUCCUACUGGGAAUCCUACGCCGGAGCUGAUAUCCACGAGACAAUGCUCAAGGAUGCGGUACGCACCGACGCAUACCGGGACUUCAUCUACAACAACAAGCACCUCUUCGCGGGUAAAACUGUCCUGGACAUAGGAUGCGGCACGGGAAUCCUAAGCAUGUUCUGCGCUCGCGCCGGUGCAUCUAAAGUCAUCGCCGUCGACGCCAGCGCCAUCAUCACCAAAGCGCAAGAGAACAUAUUCCACAACAACCUAUCCUCCGUCAUAACCUGCGUGCACGGCCGCAUCGAGGAAGUCGCCCUUCCCGUCGACGAGGUCGACAUCAUCGUCAGCGAGUGGAUGGGAUACUGUCUACUCUUCGAAGCCAUGCUUCCCUCCGUGCUCUUCGCCCGCGACAAGUACCUAAAGCCAGACGGCCUGCUCGUGCCCUCGCACGCCAACAUCUGGCUCGCCCCCGUCGCAGACCCUCAGUACAUCGCCGACAACGUCACCUUCUGGCGCGACGUCUACGGCUUCGACAUGCACGCCAUGCAAGCCGGCAUCUACGACGACACGCGCGUGUUGACCUGGCCCUCGUCGCCUCCCCCCUCCGACCCAAACAGCACCAUCCCCGCGCCCCCCAGCGCCUUCAAGCUACUAGACCUAUACCAAGUCCAAACCGCUGACCUCUCCUUCACCGCCCCCUUCGCCACCACCCUAGCACGCGACAUCGACGCUCUAGACGGGUACCUAAUCUGGUUCGACAUGUUCUUUUCCCCCGUGCGGGACUCGGCGCUCAGCAACGUCGACCUCAGCUCCACAGCCACAGCCUGGGCCGCCGCCGACCCGCAGAACCGAGUAGCCUUCACGACGUCGCCGUACGGCCGCGAGACGCACUGGAAGCAGGGCCUGCUAAUAUGCAAGCCGCCCAAGGACAAGAAUGCCUUAGCCAUGAAGAACGGCGGCGAGAUCAAGGGCGACAUCACAUUCUCGAUCCCCGAGGACCACGCGCGCGGCUUGGCUAUCAAGGUUUCGUGGAACGGCAAUAAGGGACAGACCUGGUUUUUACAUUAAAGGGGUGGGUUGAAUAAAAAGGAAAAAGGAAAAAAAGAAAGGGAAAGGGGCGCUAGGUAGCUACCUGCGAUAACCGUACUCAGCGGUGCGGUAUUCAGGAUAUGAAGUGAGUUUUAGACGUUCGGUAUUAUAAGAACAUUGCUACUUAAGGUGGCUACCGUUUAACCGGAGUACUUUCCAGAUCUAGAAGUUUACAUGAUCCACGUAGGGUGAUAGACCGAAUGAACAACAUUCC